AAGUUCAACUCGGCUGACAAACAAUUCAACCGUUCGCCAAACCCACCACACCAAUCCGGACCCGCGCACCGACCGCCGACGGCGACCAUGGCGACCAAGGACCCCGCGGCCACCGGCGGCGAGCCCGCCAUCGGCAUCCCCUACCACCAGGCGGCGGAGGCCCAGGGGCACUACUACUACGCGCCGCCGCCGAACCCCUACGCGGCCGGGAUGCCGCCGGCCAACGCGAUCUACGCCGGCGCGCCCAAGGGGGUGCCGCUGCAGCAGACCAUGUUCCGCGACACGCCCGCGCCCUUCCACUGCCAGGCCUGCGGCGAAGCCGCCGUCUCUACCGUCCGGUCGAAGCCAAGCCUUGCAUCCGUUGUGGCUUGCAUGAUGCCCUUCAUGCUGGGGGUCUGCUUCCUGUGCCCUUCGAUGGACUGCCUCUGGCACAAGUACCAUUACUGCCCCAGCUGCGGGGAAAAGGUGGGCGAGUUCAGGAAGUCCGACCCGUGCCUUGUUGUCGAUGCGACUCGGUGGUCCGAGCCAAGCUUCGCCGUGCCUGCAUAGCGCACAUACACCAAUUUCUACCAGACCAAGACCAUUACCUCUAAAUGAGCCAGUGCAUUGCCGUUGUUCUUGUGUAGUCUGUACAUAAAAGAUGCUACUUGCUUGUUGCAUGCUGUAUAUCCUGUCAUGAACUGCCGUUGCUCUCGAGUUUGGAUGUUUGAUGUUAAUUAGAUUUAGCACCUAUCA